UCGUGCCACGUGACGCGUGUCCUUUCCUUGCGAUGUUUUGAACAACAUUAUAAUCAUAAUCUUUCCUAUCGCAUUUCUUUCCUUUUGUGUGCGAAUUUUUCUUCCCAAAGACGCGGUCUCGCCGCCGGUUUAAUGAAGAAGAAGUCCUUGGUUUGUGUUUGAACAAGACCGUUAAAAAGACCGCUUUCAAAUGUCAGAAUAUGGGGUACAAACAUCAAGACGAACACAGUAUAGUGGAACUGAUUUGAACAAUGACCUCGGCAUUGGCAGUCGAAAAAGGACUCUGGACGACAAUGAAUCGCACCGAAUUCAAAACUUUAAUAACGCGAAAACCGCAGGCAGAGAUUCACCUGGGUUGAAAGACGACGAAGAUAAAUAUUAUCAGUAUUUAUUGCACAAAAGCUCUACAAAUCGUCGGUCGCAACACGAAGGAACGCUGGUUUCUGCACAAAACGGAACUGCAACGACUCGUAAUGAAAGAGUGUCGCUUGGUCGGCCGAAUAAUUUUCAGAAUAGGCCUACUUCGCAGCAAAGCAAUAAGCAAACAAAUAGGGAUUCGUCUGGUCUUCGCAGCAAUGUGUACCGAAGUCAUUUGAGCGGGCCGGCGUAUAUCAACAAUGACAGGAAAUCAAAUUCCCCAUCGCCUACAAAUCGCGAAAUGGCAAGUGGACCGAAACCCAGACCCAGGGUAAAGGAUCUACGAAGUCUUUUCGACUCCGGAAAGGCCGAGCAGAAUCCUGACAGUGUAAAGAGGAAAGAAAUCGGUAGCCACAACAAGGCACCUGCAGUUGUUCACGAGACCAAUACCGAUCAGGCAUUAUCAAAGGGCUUAUAUAAUGUAAACAGAGAUACUGUCAAAACAAAUAAUAUAAACGCGAAGACUAGUAACCAAACAACCAAAGAAGAAUAUAUUGAUAGUACAGCCCAUGGAAAUGUUGACAACGGGCAAUGGGAUGGUGAUAUUGUUCCCCUGGAGAGAGCAAGAGUUUUCUCAGAGCCAGGAGGAAAAGUCGUUCGGGGAGAUAAGAAGACCUCUCCCCAGAAUGGACAAAGUUUUAAAGGUAUCAAAUUAUCACACGAGGAAGCUAAGGGUGCAUGGAGACUUAGUCUUUCUGCUCAUCGACAUCAAAAGGACAGCUCGAGCGAAGAAGAAUCCUCCAGUGAAGGCUCAGAUGACGAGGAUGAUCAAGAUCCUAACGAUUCACGGCAUCGGAUCAGCGACAAACGAGUCAUUCAGAUGUUGCAGAAACGACAUCCAACUGAAGAGCUUAAGAAAAUGUUUGAUGGACCUGAGGCAUUUAAUGCUACAACUAAACGUCAGUCUUUUCAUGGCUCCUCUGAUCUGCUAAAUGAUGGAGGCUUUGAAAAAGGUCCGCUUGCAGAAGUCAGUACAAGUCCUCAGCCAGAUGCAAGGGUGGCUUCACCCCAGGGUGAGGCCAGUCCUCUAUUAGAUGGUAAUGACGAGGACUCACCUCCUUCUCUGAAAUAUGUCAGUACUGGGCCAGUCAAGGAUAAUAGUUUAGGAGUUGUUGGUGACUUUAACGUGUCCCAGUUCAUUGCUAGUCCGCUACCUCAAAGACAUCAUAUUCAGAACAAUGUUGAUGAAUCACAAGAGGAGCUUCAUAGUGAAAAUGCUCAGCUUGAUGUAAGCACCACUCAAGCUGAUAGCUAUAAAUCAAUGUAUCAUGAUUUCUUAAAAAAAGAAGGGCUUGCUCCUGAAGUUACACCAUCCCCUCCUAAAACCACCCAGCGAUACACAAGGGAGUCAUUUCGACCUCCCCUGUACUCUGAAGACAGCGAAGCCGACAGUCUAAUGCCGGGGGAGAAUCUUAAUGAAGAUAUUGCGACACAGCAACAGGUCAUCAAGGAAACUGAGCAAUCAGAGUUAAACGAGUCAGUCGAACCAUUAGAAACUGAUGAACCAAUUCCAAAAAAUGACAGUGCUGUUGAUCUGAUGCCGAAAGAGUAUGAUGAGGAUACGCCAGAUGAAGAUGCUAUUCAUGACUCGUCCUUUGAUGAAAGUGAUGUUGGAAGCACCACCUCUCCUGAACUUAAAUCAAACUUCCAAUUCAGUUAUAAUCUUCAGCAUCAUAAGGACCUUGAGGCUCCUAAAGAUGACACUGAUGGGAGACCAAAGGCGAAGGGAAAGCGCACAGUCCGGUUUACCCAGUCUAAUCAUACGGUUCACGAGACCUACCAUCCGUUAGAUUAUGAAAGGGGUAAUGAUGACAUUGAUCCUGUCAGCUCUUCUGCAGAAUGGGAACUGGAAAAACGUGUUGAGAAAAUGGAUGUGUUCUCUGUGGAUCUUGAUAAAGGAGAUCAACGAGGACUUGGUCUCAGCAUUGUUGGUCUUGGUGUUGGCACAGAUUCAGGAGUUGAGAAAUUGGGAAUAUUUGUCAAGUCACUCACAUCUGGUGGAGCAGCUGAGGCUGAUGGAAGGAUUCAAAUGAAUGAUCAGAUUUUGGAGGUGGAUGGUAUUUCACUGGUUGGAGUGUCUCAGAUGUUUGCAGCGCAGACCUUGAAGAACACCAAGGGUACUGUAAGGUUCCUAAUGGGGAGAGAGAAAGGCAGACAUGUAAACAAGGUUGAUGCUGACAAGUAUAUGGCCCGUUGUGACAAACUCGAAGAGGAAUUAACUCAGGCCAGGCAGCGAAUUCGUGAACUUGAAGCAGAAAGAGUUGUGGAUAAGGUCACGACAGAGGACUCCUCAGAUGACACGGAAGGCUUAAGAAAUAAGUUACGAUCGCUUGAAGAGAAGCUAACGAAGACUGGGGAGAGCCUGUCUGUGGCUGAACGUGAACACAGCGCCCUGCAGAAACAGCUGGAUGAGAGCAAGAAAUUAUACAGUCUCGUGCAAAAGAAGAAUACACAACUGAAAGAACAAUUGCAGAAUGAACAGCAGAAAAACCGAAAUGUACAAAGGAACAACAAUAGCUUUGGGGCAGGCGAAGAACAGUUGGUUGAACAACUUCAAGCGAGGGUACGUGAACUGGAAACUGCCCUUCGUGCAAACGGUCAAACUAACGCCAUCAAGGCUAGUAGCCGUGGCAACCAUGAGGACAGCAGUAUAUUUGAUCAGUACAUUCAACCAACACGAGGUCAACUGGAAACUAGUCACAGUUUAAGUCAAGAAAGUGAAAGUGAUUUUGAUGACAUUGUGAAAGCAACCCCAGCUGAGACAGCCGCUGACCUUGGUAAUGUUAUCCCUGCGACUGCCAUCCUCGAUCCCACAAUGCAACACGAUAAGAUCCAAGCUGCUGCUGGUGACGCUAGACGACGUAGACCAUCACGUGAUCAUAUACAACGACUUAGCAGAGACCUGGAUCCCGAUCAACAAGCUGAGAUAAUGAACAAGUCCGUGGAAGAUUUAGUCGAGAAGGUUCGUGAGUAUGCCGACGACCCCAACCUGGACUCUAAACCGAGGCGACCACUGACCGGUUAUUACGCAGGCGCGGAAGGAAAGGAUGAAGCAGCCUCACAGGUGAUACCGCUGAAUGUUGCGGUAAAGGAACACGAAGAGGAACGAAACAGUCUUACUCGUGGAAAAGAACGAGGAAGUAACGAGGGUAUUGCUCAGAAAACAAGAUCAAUGGAAGACCUGAGCCCUGGUUCAUCCCGAGAGAUUCUUGAUGAGCCUCGUGCCAAACCAAGACAUGAUCCGCAGACUUCCCCCGUGGACUCUGAUGAAAAAUCGACAAAGAAUCGAGCAAUCUCGCCCAGCAGUUCAACAGGAGAAGGGAUGAGUGAUCACGACGAACUAAGAACGACCAGCUCUGGGUCGAUUCCCGACGAAGGAAAGCCGGUCAUGGCCGAAUGGAAGAUAAAACCUUUAGCUGAAUGGGAUACGCAUCAGGUAAACUGCUGGUUGAUGUCAAUCGAACUAGAGGAGUACUCUGGCUUGUUUGCGACGCACAACAUUGACGGCAACGAAUUACUAACGAUGGAUAGCGCAAAGAUAAAGAAUAUUGGGGUGCAGCAAAAACAUCAAAAGCUGUUGAAAAAGAGGCUGAAAGAGUUGAGAAGCGAAAUGGAAAAACAAGAGAAACAGCGGUUGAAGAACAGGAAAGGCUCCAAGAAAUCAAAGAAGGUGCCGUUUUGGAAAGGAAAGUAUGAUAUCUCUAGUCAAUAGUAACCAGAGUUGACUAUAAACAAGCAUAUCUGGUCGCAUCGCCCAGAUCUUGCAUAUAUAGUUUAUGCAGUUGAUAAGCCCAAAAGAGUGAACAUGAUUCAUUGGACAACCGAAAUGAAAUCUUCCAUGACACCUAUGAGUUUCAUGAAAGCUAAAUAUCGAUUAUCUUGAAGCUUUUUAAAAGUCUGUUUAAUGAAUCAAUGCAUGUGGAGUGCGCUCAUAACGCGAUCAGCCGGGCUUAUCUAGUGCGUAAAUUUUCCGGAUUUUAAACAAUCAUACUUCGCUCAAAAAUGCACUUAUAUAAACUUAUAUUCAUCCUGUAGUAUCCACCUAGUAAUAUAUUCAUCCUGUAGUAUCCACCAGUUGCAGUGCGACAAGGCAAAAAGACUAGCAUUCCAGACUACAUAUAUAAGUCAACUAGAGGAUUCUCCAGUUGACUUAUAUACGUAGUCUGGAAUGCUAGUCUUUUUGCCUGCCUUGUAGCAUUCCGACAUAUCUUAGUUUUAAUAUUAUAAUGUGGAAAUUUCAGUUUUAACUGUAAUUUAUGAACACGGACCGCGGACGUUGAUGCAAAAUAGCCAGGCAUGUAUAUCCAUAAUUUGCGUCGAAUGCAUAUAGGUUUAAUUAAUGACGGAAUGAAUUUUUAAAUAAAUGACGGCAAUUUUAUGUAAGCAAAUUUAAUGUAGAAAGGUUAGGUGAUGCAUAUAGUGUAAAACUGAACAUUAUACAGUAAAUGUUUG